CGUUGUGUUUUCGUUGCAGACGCAUGUUCUGAAAGUGCACGUUAACUGUGAAGGAUGCGAGCAGAAAGUGAAAAAACUCCUCCGGAAGAUCCAAGGUGUUUAUAGUGUAAACGUAGAGGCAGAAGAAGAGAAGAUCACAGUGAUAGGAAACGUAGAAUUUGCUACUUUAAUUAGAAAGUUGGCGAAAGCAGGCAAACAUGCAGAGCCUUGGUCUCCAAGUUCCGACCAACAAAUGAUCAACACCAACAGAGAUCCCAGAAGAAACAAGCACCACCGCCAAUCACCACCAAAUAUGAUUGGCGGUGAAGGACUAUAUGGUGAAUUCGACCCCAUUUUUGUGGGUGGAAAUGGAAAUGCAAUUGGAGCUGAUGGCAAUGUUUUUUCUGUGAUGGGCAAUAAUGCAAGUUUUCGUGGUAAUGGAGGACUUGGAUUUGCAGAAUUUCCCAACUCACACUCACACCACCACCACACUAAUUAUGCAUCUCCUCCUCCUUUCAUGGUUCCUACCAACGCUGAAGCUUUCUAUGGUGUUCAAUUUGCACCAACAUGGAACCCCAAAGCGAGCACUACGGUGGUAACAGCGACACCAACGCCGAGGCGUAGCGUGGUGAUUGUUCAACCACAGAUUCUCCAUGUCGUUUCCCCGCCUUCACCUCCACCACCACCACCAACCCCAGCAGCAGUAUGAGCAUCUACUCGUCAUUGUACAUGUAUGGUGGCCACCACCAACUGCCGGAAGCCAGGGCCUCCACCAAUACCAUGCCGGUUGCUUCGCCUCCACAUCACCGCCCUUAGAACAAUCCGUAUCUUCCUUAAUUCAUAUAUAUUAUAUGGUUUAGUUCAUCCCAUACUUUGAGUUAGGAUAUGAAAUAGUUGGUGGCUAUGCAGAGUAUAUGCUGUGCUGUGAUGAAUUUCUGCAAU